UAGGCUAAUUAAGAACAGAAAUUUUAUAUAAUACAAAAGAAGAAAAUUAACUCUUUGAAAGAGAGUUUUAAUUAUGGAAAAAAAUUUUUUUUAGGUUUAGCUAAUCCAUCGUGUUAUUUUGAUCUGAAGUCAUUGCAAAAUAAAAGGGACACAAAUAGAGAAUGAAAUUUAGGAAGCUUUUUCUCAAAAAGAUUGUCGUGUAUUAAUUCAAGAUGGAAACUGUGAAAUAUUAUGCAAAUUUCAUAGAUACUCACUGGAUUGCUGUAGUAGCAACAGGGUUGUACACGCAUUUGCGACAGAUCUGCAUAAUCGGUUUGUGUUUCGAAGAGGAAAGUUCUUUGCCUUUCGAUUCAUCGUACGCGUCGGUCCUCUUUGUAUUCUCGGUUUUAUGUCUAUUAGCAGAAUACAGACUUUGGCCUAUAACUCUUAAAGAACCACCAAUUCAGCUACUAUACAUUUAUGAAAUGUUAAUAGCUGCAUUGAGUACAAAUUUAGCGAUCCAUAUGGUAUGGAUACCAAUGAUGCAUGCGAUUUUUUGUCUAACUCAAGAAUCCAGUAAGUGGUUGUUAUGGUUGAAUACUACUAUGGAUAUGCAUAUAGAGUCUUGGUUAAAUGAGUUUGCGUACUUUAUGGCUAAAGAGUACACACCCACGUACAUGGCAUAUUGCAUGUCUUUGUUAUCAUUCGUAUGGAUGCUGGACGCUACUGAAUCUCUGGAUACAUUUCUGGAUACGUGGAGCAAGUAGUGAAUCCUGAAAACUUCAAAUUUUAUCCGCAAAAUUGUUUUACAUGUAAUAAAAUUACGACUUACCAAUUCGAAAACAUACGGUUUCUAUAAAAAAAAAAUG